GAGGAGGAAACCAAGAAAUAGCAGACGAUGAAGGCAUGUUCCAUAGCUUUGGUUUUGUUGUGUUUGUGCGAGUAUUCGUUUAGCAAUAAAGGAGACUACAAGGAAAAGUUCUUCGACCAGUACAUCGAUCACUUCAACUUUGUUUCGUAUGGCGAGAAGACUUACAAACAACGUUAUUUGAUACAAGAUCGCUGGUGGAGAGAGGGACAGGGACCUAUCCUAUUCUACACUGGUAAUGAAGGGCCCAUUGAUGAGUUUGCAGACAACACAGGUUUCAUGUAUGACAUUGCCCCUGAAUUUGGAGGUCUCCUGUUGUUUGCUGAGCAUCGUUUCUAUGGGAAGUCUAUGCCGUUUGACCCCGAGGUGGCAUUCACCCAGCCCUACAUUGGCCUCCUGACAAUUGAGCAGGCCAUGGCAGAUUAUGUUACACUCAUUACCCAGCUCAAGAUUGAACUCAAUGCUACUGCUAGCCCCGUCAUUGCCUUCGGUGGCAGUUAUGGUGGGAUGCUGAGUGCCUAUAUGCGGUUUAAAUAUCCCAAUAUUAUUACGGGUAGUAUUGCAGCCAGUGCUCCUAUUUUUCUCCUCACCCCUGACCUUGACCGCUCGUUUUUCUUCACGGAUGUUACACAGGACUUUGCUAAGGCUGAUGCAGACUGUGAGGACAGAGUACGCCAAGCUUUUAUACAAAUGGACAGUCUGGCUUCCCAGGGAACUUCAGGACUUGAUCAGUUGUCUGUGACCUUUAACCUCUGCAACCCAUUAACAAGCAAUGAAGAAUAUCGCCACCUACAAGGUUGGGUGAGAAAUGCGUUCACAGUUUUAGCCAUGAUGGAUUAUCCAUACAAAGCUGAAUCCUUUGCCAGUCUGCCAGCAUUUCCUGUGAAGGUUGCAUGUGGGUUCAUGACUAAUGCUGCUGAUGUCAUCGUUGGACUAGCAAAGGCUGCAGACAUCCUGUAUAAUAGUCUACCUGUAAAGUGUCACAACAUCUUCCAAGAAUAUGUGGAGUGUGCAGACCCUACUGGAUGUGGAGUGGGUCCUGACAGCAGAGCCUGGGACUUCCAGGCUUGUACAGAGGUGUAUCUGCCAGCAGGUACCAACAAUGUGACAGACAUGUUCCCUGUUCUUCCCUUCACAGCACAGAUACGUACACAGUACUGCCAGCAGCAGUGGAAUGUCACCCCCAGGAACAGCUGGGCAACCAACCAGUUCUGGGGCAGAGAUCUGGAUAGAGCUAGCAACAUAGUGUUUUCUAAUGGUGAUCUGGAUCCCAUGGAGGAGAGGUGGGGUUUUAAGCACUACCAAUCCGAGCCUAGUAACUCAGCUUGUCAAAGGUGGAGCACAUCACCUAGAUCUCAGGGGAGCUAAUCCUGCUGAUCCACCCAGUGUUCGGACAGUGAGGGAGGUAGAGAAAUCUCAGAUACACAAAUGGGUGAAAGAACACUACACAAAGAUCUUCCGCUCUCAACCUAGUGGCAUGGUCUAGCAAACUCCCGAAUUGUCAGCCUGGUGCAAGGCACAUAUAUAAUCUCUGGCUAGAAGCAAUGGAUAUGUCGAAUUUCCAACCAAGUCUUAUUGAUGAUAUGGAAUAGAAAUACUUUAUUUUUUAACAUAUAUAUUCGAAUGGCUUGAAAGUAAUUUUGGAUUUGAUAAAUGUUCCAGUUCCUAGCAGUUGUCACAGAAAUUCAUCUCGAAUGCCUAUCUCAGUGUUUCUCAAAUUCCUACUUCAAUUCAAUUGAUUUUAGAAGGCUUUGUGCAGAUUUGAAAUACAAACUUUUUGAUAUAUUUUUAUAUACAUAUUUGUAAAUUUUUUCACGUAAUGAAAUAAAUUUUCAUAGUAAAAUUUU